AUGGUAAAGUUUGGUGUAGAAAAGAAGACGAUCUUUGGAAGAUUAGGGAAGAUUGAGAGCUGGGGACCUGUGGAAGUUCAAAAUUCGACUCCUUCGUUUUUGACUUAUUUGAGAGGUGGACAUAUUCCACAUUUAACUUGGGAUGUGGCUGGAAAACAAUUGGAAUUGAGUCAAAAACAUAUUUUUCAAUUAACUUUGCCUAGUUUGUAAGUUUUUUUCAACCCGAACUUCAAAAUUAAAAGUGUGUUGCAGAGUAGCAAGUGCUGAAACAAUCAAAAAAUUUGGAAAGGGUGUUGUAAAGUUUUGUGCAAUUCCUGAUAAAUCUGCUGUCCAUUUGUCACCUUUCGAUCCUCUUGGAAAACUUCCUGGUGGUUAUAAUGAUAUGAAAUCAAUUGCAAUUUGGACAAAAAAUGGAAAAGUAUCACUAGAUGUUGCAAAAUAUCGAAAUAUUAUUAAUUCAUUUGGUUGUACGUCAUUUGAAAGUUUGGUAGAUUAUGAUUGUCCAAAAGAUGCUGGAUCGAAAAGAUUGACAAAAACAUCUGAAAGAACGAGACAUUUUUAUGAACAAUUAUUCGAAAAUGAUGAAAAAGUUGAGGGUGAAAGGAUUAUAACAAUUGGAGGAGGAUUUAGCAAAUUCCAUCGAGAAAAGGCAGCAAAUGAUUUAGGAGGAUUUGAGAAAACAGAUGGAUUCAAUAUUGAGUUUCAUGAUUUUUGGAAAGGCGAAAUUGAUGUUAAUGAAAUGGAAGAAUUAGUGAAAAGUGUUAUAACAGCCCUUCCUCCGGCAAAACUUCGAAUUAUUUCUGGACCAUUUUCGCCUCCAAUUAUUCUUUCACUUGUCAAAUUAGGAGUUGAUUUAUUUGAUUCAUCUUGGCCUGUUUCAAUUGCUGAAGAAGGAAAAGCAUUUUGUCUUUCGGAUGAUUUUGCAUCAAGUUUGAAUUGUUCAAGAUAUGAAAUAUUAGAUUUCAAUAACGAGAAAUUCGCCGAUGAUUUCACAAAACCUUUCGAUAAUUGUCAAUGUUAUACGUGUCGAAAUUACACAAAAGGUUAUUUACAACAUUUAGUGAAUACUCAUGAAUUAUUAGCCAGUAUUUUGUUAGUCAUGUAAGUUUUUUUAAUACGUUUUCAGGAAAUAUUUUCAUUUUUUUUCAGUCACAAUAUGACCGAAUUUGAUCGGAUGUUCAAAUUGAUUCGUAAUUCCAUAUCAACUUCAGAAGAUUUGUGA